UCGUCUGGUUCUUGAGGUUGACUUCUGCAUUUUUGUUAAAGGAACAUUGGUUGAGAGUUAGCUAUAUUGACGAGCAACCUUACCAGUUAUCAGACCAUAUGGCGUUCUCACCUUGUUGGCGAGGUUCUGGAAGUUGAUUUAUAUGCAUUAAUAUUAGACAAAUUUCUCUGAGGAUAUGAGGGAACGGAGAGCAAAACCUUCUACUGUGGCCCAGGGCGAGGGACUUAUUGAGCUUAGAUUCCGCUUGUGUGAUGGGAAAGAUAUAGCGCGCGGUAGUUACGAGCCCUCUAUGACUGUUUCAACUCUUAAGAAGAAGAUUGUUGCUGAGUGGCCCCAAGGCCAUACGGUCACGCCAGAAUCAUUAAACGAAUUGAAACUCAUACAUGCUGGUAAAGUUCUGAGAAACAACAAAACCCUCGCUUAUUGCAUAAAAACAAUUGGUGACUUCCCCGAAGAUGUUAUCACCAUGCACGUGCUACUGCAGCCUGCUAAAUCAAAACGCAAGACAGCAAAUAGCAAAGAGGAGUUGCAGAAGCUGAAUCCAUGCGGAUGUAUUAUUCUUUAAUCCAUAAACAUCCUCUAUAGUUUUCAACUUGCUAGUUGAAAAUGAUCUAGCUUUUCACAAUUAUACCUCUAGUUUGUCUCCGUCUGAUUUGCUUUUGGAAAUGGCGUUCAUCAGAAUAUUGGUUGCCUUUAACCAUAGGACUCAGGUACACUGUUCCUCUGUAACCAUCCUACUACCGAUAACAUUAGGCUAUCUGAAAACAAAUUUUGUGUAAGCUACGUUUACCCUGUAGAGGCUAAUGAAAUCUAUUUGGCAAAGAGAUGAUGUUAAUUUGGGCAAAUUACCAAUGCUUUGCAUAUGAAUGAUAAACUAAUAUGUCAAC